CACAUGGCGGGCUACCAUGGCGGGGGGUCAGCCACUCCCAGUGCCAGCCAGGCUUCACGCCCCCCUGACAAAAAUCACACCGCUCUGUCACGCCUCCUUUUCUUCAUCCGACUCCUCUGUGUAGCUUAUCGGUUCCGCGACCCCGGUCCGUUUUCACAGCGUCAGAAGUUAGUCAGGGCUCUCGCCGCGGCUGGUCUCUGUUUGACCCGCAGGCUGUUUGGAUAUCACCUCUGUGCCUGACUGGAACAUCGUGUCCUUGACAUAAAGGGGGAGAAUGACAGCCAAGCACCGAAAAGGGAAAAGCAAUCACAAACAGGAGGAUAACUUUUUUAAAAGUGAGCUCUUGGAAACAGAAGUUCGCCCCGGUGGGAACAACCACACUCAUCUGCUGCUUUUAGUUUCGGUCGUUGUGAUCGGAUGGGUCGCCGGUGCAUGUUUUUUUUUCCAGCAGCACCUAACUUUAACUGACCUAACAGACAGCGUCAUGGGCAUUCAGGUGAAAAUAGCCAAACUGCAGUCUUCUCACGAGGAGCUGAGGCUGUCAAAUACAAAGCAACAUGUUUCAGAGAACGUGAACACACGACUGGCUUCCUUGGAGGAGUCUUAUGCACUGACUCAGAAACAGGUGGGCAUGGCUUUGGCUAUGGCCGAGCAGCUGAAGACAUCCGACCUCCCUGCUCAGGUGCUGUCUGUGCACACCGAGAUGAAAACCCAUCUGGCAGAAGUGCAGCAAGCCACCGUGUCUCUGGAGCAACUGAGCCAGUUGCAGAGCAUGCUGACGGGGAAGAGCGUAGAGUUUGAGGACAUCAGGAUGCAGAUGGAGGAUUUGGCUGCUCUGGGCAGGGAGCUGUCCCACAAGGUUGAGGACUUGUCUUUGAACUUUGCUGAAGCUGAAUCAAAGAUGGAAGAAAAGAUUGCCCAGGUUACUGCAAUGACCGCUACAUUGGAUGGACAGACCAGUGAGAUGUUGAAACUGAAAAAUCAACUGGACACUUACCAGGCACAGCUGGUGGAAACUGCUAAACUCAGAGCGUUUCUUGAACGUAAAGGGUCCCAGCUGUUCCUGAAGGCCAGUGAAGAGCAUCAGGUGGAAGACCAGACACAGCCUCCUGCUGAGCAUCUUGAAAGGAAAGAGGCAGAUGACGCUGAGGAAAAAGCAGUGGCCGAGGAUGAAGAGGUAACUGACGAUGAAGAAGAAUUGGCUGCAGUUGAUGAUGAAAAAGACGAAGAGGCGGCUAAAGCCGCCGCGGAGGAAACGGCAGCUGUAGAAACUGAGGAGGAAGAAGACAUUAUGGCAGCUGAACAGAACCAGGUAGCUGAAACAAAUGAGGAACAAGUAGACAAUGCCGGCACGAGUGAAGAAGAAAAAGAGCAUGCGGAACUUGAUGAGAAGCAAAUAGAGGAGGAAACAGAACCUGAUGAAGAAAAGGAAGUUGCAGAACGUGAUGAGGAAGAGGAGGCGGCUGCAGAACGUGAUGAGGAAGAAGAGGAAGCUGCCGAACUUGAGGAUCAAGAGGAGGCUACCAAAAUCGAGGAGCAAUUAGAGGAUGUUGUCAAAUCUGAGGAGCAAGUAGAAGAGGCUGCUGAACCUGAAACUGAAGACCAGGCACCUGCUGGGGAAGAGGAAGCUCCCACAACUGAGGAAAUGGAAGAGGUAGCUGCAGCACCUGGAGAGGAGGACACAGAAAAAACUCCAGAAGACGCACUUCCAGCAGCUGAAGAUGGACAGGAACCGUCUUCAGAGAAAGAAGCAGGAGCGUCUUUGCAACAGGAAGAAUAUGCAGCAGCAGAUGAACAACAUUCAUCUCCUGUUGAGCAGAAAGAUGGAGAGAUGGAAGAAACCGCUCCUGAAGAGGAGGGAAAUGACACGGAGCGCAGACCAAAUCAGAGUGCACUGGGCUGGAGUUUAAGUGAAACUAAAAACAUCAAAAUGAUGAAAUUUAGUUGUUUUUUUUCUUUAUGUUUACCUCUCAAUAACAAUGUCAAAAGCCUUAAUUCAUAACAGAGUUACCUUUUUAAAGAAAAUGACCCACUCUUCAUAAGUCCCACUUUUCCCAUCAUGUUUCUGCACAACCUGAAAGGUUUAACCAAGUAACAUAAAGAAGUCACUGCAUAAGCUUUUUUGGUUCAAUAAAAUCCCAUGCGGCUUUCUCUCGGUAAUUCAGCUGACAAAGUGGGAGUCAUCUAUUAUAUGGAUUCAUUACACACAGCGUUAUGUUUUGCAAGCAUUUAUUUCUGCUACUUUUUAUAAUUACGGCUUACAGCUAAUGAGAAGUGGAAAUCAAAUCCCAUGUCCUGGUUACGUUUGUUGGAAGCUCUGCCAAACUCUUUAUUGGGUUUGCAUCACUGUCCUCUCAAGACUGCGUCCCAUGUUGUUUGUGCAUCUUUUUUUUUUAACCACACUUCUUUCCUUUUAUUCAGUUUUUCUUUAAUAACCAUUAAUAUAUGAACACAGAGUUGAUUUUUCUGCUGCUUUAAUACAUUGCAUUCUGUGAACAGCCAGCUUUAUUAUCAUUUUUGGAUGCUUUCUUGUGGAGAGAGGUAAUGGCUUUCUGCUGAGCACCAAUCAGACAGCAGUCUUCACUUCAUGACUUCGUACAUCAAACGGUGCCCUAAGCACAACGUUACUGUGCUAAAACCUUUUUUUUUUUUGUCUUAGCUCAUUUGUCAUAUGUAUGUAUAUUUUUUUUUUCUUUCUGAAAUUGAAUUUGGGUUUCCAACCAUCAAACUUAACAGAAAUAAAUACUUGAAAAAUAUCAGUAAAAUGAAUCUAAUAAAAUAGUGGAAUUAAUUGUAAAGUAUUGACUUUGAAAUAUGACAUAAUAUAUUUUACUAAGAUGUACAUGCAUAGUUCAAGUUAGAUUUAUAUCCUCAAGAUGGUCAAAGAAAUGGAUCGACUUAUUUCUUCAGCGGUAUUUUAUAACUUUAGUUUACUGUACAAUGGGUAGAUUUACUCAGAGUGAAUACUGUUUCAUGCAGCCUUUAAAUGGCACAGUGAAGAAGCUCAGGGACAAAUCAUUCUUUACAUAGAUGGCUGUGCGGUCACCGCUGAACUAUAGCAACGUUAUGAUGCCAAACAUACUUGAACAAAAGAAGAGCCCAAGAUUUUGAACAAAUUUUGGUGUGGAAAUGAGCUGGUAUGAGGCCAGUGCAGGAAAAAAAAAAAAAAAAGGUGACGAUGUAUCAAGUAGAUUAACCACUUCAAUUUGCUGUGUCAUAUCUUUAUAGUGUCAGACAUUAAUUAAAAAUAUGUCCUGGGUAGUAAUAUUUAAAGGAAUAUGAAACGAUGGUUUUCAUGGUUCCUUUGAUUGCAGUCACAAAUCUCAUCUGCUGUGUUGGAAGUAAAGCCGCAUCAGGCUUUUUUUCAGAACUCAUCAGGAAAAGCCUAUUGAUACUGUGAAUCCUCACAUGACAGUUAUUAUUUGCUGCACAACAAUAAUAAGGGCAAAAUAUGUUACUUUGUGAAUUUUUACUGAAUCUGUCUGUUUUGGUUUUCUUUGGUAUGGUUUCUGUUAAUGUGUGUCGGUACCCUCUGUUGUUAAAAUAAACCCUCUUUCCUUUUAUA